UGUUUGAGGAGGGGCCCAGAACAGGCCUGGGGGUUCCUGAGAAGAGCAGGGAGUGGGCGGGGUGGAUAGGAGAGCCCAGCCCUUCCCGCGCGGCGGGGUGGCUUGGUCCCUGUGGCCUCCUCAGCUUCUGCUCUGGCUGCUCUGGGCCGCGCUGGCCGCUGCGCCCUCGGCCUUCUUGACCACACCAAAUUCUGCCUCCCCUAGGAGCUGCUGCCAGGACAGAGCCCUGGGGUGGCGGAGGGAGGUGGCCUGCCCUGGGCCUCAGCCUCUCCCUCGGAGCAGUCUCUCCGUGCAACGAGGCUUAGCGGACCCCCAGGCCCCCUCCCCAGCUCAACAUGCCUGGGAACUCUGGAGUCCUCCUCUGCCUGCUGUCUCCCUGGGGGGCAGCACAGCACCGCCCACCCCUGCACUCCCACGCUCCCCUUCCCUUCCUCAUUCAUAGAAAACUCGAGGUCUAGCUGGAGGUGAGGGGCAAAUCCCCCAGGUGAAGGUGGUGUGCCUUCUUCCCCCUUCAUCCCUUCUGCUGGCUGGAAUGACAGCCAGAGCUCAGCAUCCACCUUGGACCCUGAGGCAGCACCUGUGGUUCAAGGCAGAGCAGCCUGGUGACGGGGCUGGGGUCACGGGUGACCUGGAGCCACCACACCAGCCCCGCACGGCCUGACCCAGGACCCUGUCGCCUGGGAGUGAGUGCACCUCUGUCACACUGUAGCUCCGUCACCUGCACGUGCACACUCGUGGGCACACUCGUGGGCACACCCUCCCACACAGCCCCUGUUAAGGCCUUGGGUAAGGGCUCUGCCCUGCCGCUCAGAUACCUUUGAGGCUUCCCAGUGGGACUUGGGCCCAAUGCCCUGAAGGGGAAGGCUGAGGGGCCGGUGGCCGGGCCUCGAGUCUGAGUUGCCAUUUCCCCACCGUGCGAUCCUGGCAAGCCUGGCAUCCUGUCUGUUCUCAGGUCCCUGCUCUGCUCCUGGGUCGGGGCUCAGGCCCUGGAGCUCUCGCCUGUGGAGGCGUCCUUUCGUUCAUCCGCGCCUCUUCCCAGCAUUGGCACAGCCCUCUGGCCCUUCUUCCUUCAAUGACCCCCACCCCACCCACCAGCCCCUAAUGAGAAAGAAACAAAUGAGCCCUUUAGGCUGAAGGACUCCUUCCCAAAUUGCCUCACCCCCCCCACACACACACCAGCCCCUGGGGCAGUGUCAGGGCCCUGUGUCCCCAACUCCCUGGCUUCAGAAGGAAGCUCAGGGUGGACACUGUGUUCCCUUCUUUUCUGGGCUCAAACGACCUGCCAGCUGGAGCCUGUGGCCUCUAGGGUCCUCCUGCUUGGGGAACAGACCUUCCCUUCCAUGCAGCCUCCGACCUCCCCAAAAUGCUGGGUCCCCUUCCCCCCUUCCCAGAUCCAUUUUGUCAUCUGUGCCUGAGUGCCCCGCCUUGGGUUACCUGCCCUUCUUUGCUCCCCUCUCCCCACCCACUCUUGGCUCCUGGGAAGUUCCUGUUGCCAGCACAGGAAGCAGGUGGCCGCGGUCUCAUUUCCUGUCCUUGUUCCAGACCUUGAGAAUGGGGCAGGGACCCAAAGCAGGGUCCCUGAGGACACAGGGCCUGAGGACCGAGAUUCCGAACAGUGUCCCCCUCUCCACUCUGCCCCCGCCUCCCGGUAAGACCCGGGGCUGCAGGGGCUGCAGGGCCCAAUGCACCGGGGCAGGUCCGGCCAGGAACUUGCCGAGCAGAGGGGAGAACUCAGGCCUGCCCGCGUCUCGGAGCAGGACCCGGGACCGCCUAGCGGUGCGGCGGGCGCGCGCUCCACGAGGCAGGCGCUGUCCAGCACUCAGGCGUUGGCGUCAGAGGCCACGGGAGCAGGAGGCUCGCGGUUGUGUUCAGGGGCUCCGAGCGGGGCGGGGCUGCCCGUGGGACCAGGCCUGGGUCUCCGGGCCUCGGAGAAUCGGCGGCGGUGGGGGGCGCUACGCAGGGAGUAACGUCGGGAACCGUGCGCUCGUGGUUCCCCGUUACUCACUUCAUCAUCCCCGCCGGAAAGAAACCCGAGACGAGCGGGGCGCAGGGGUUCCCGCUCCAGCUGCCACGAUGAGCUCAGAGCAGUGAGGAGCUGUGUCUGAGGCAGGACACCUCUGAAGAAGUGACCACCAAGAAAGAAAUUUGUCCGGCUGGAGAACGGUGCCCCGCCUUUCCCUUUAGCCCUCACAGGCUUCCCGCAGCCCUCCCUCCCCUGGGAACAGAAAGAUGGAAAAGCCCACAGGCAAAAAGAAGACGGAGGGCCCAAAGGAGCACACGGUUGUGCAGAGGGACACCGCCAAGGACCGGAAGGUGUCCUGGGGUGGCACAGGGCCCGGCAGGAAAGCCGCUCUGGCUAAAAAGCGCAGUAAGGAGCCCAGCCUGAGCGCUGAAGCCGAAGCCCACAUAUUUGAUGCCUUCGAUGCGUCCUUUAAAGAUGACUUUGAGGGGGUUCCCGUAUUCAUUCCUUUUCAGAGAAAGAAGCCCCACGAGUGCAGUGAGUGUGGGCGCAUCUUCAAGCACAAGACGGAUCACAUCCGCCACCAGAGAGUCCACACCGGGGAGAAGCCCUUCCAGUGCGCUCAGUGCGGGAAGACGUUUCGGCACAGCUCCGACGUCACCAAACACCAGCGAAUCCACACGGGGGAGAAGCCCUUCAUGUGCGGUGAGUGUGGAAAAGCCUUCAACUGUGGCUCCAAUCUCCUGAAGCAUCAGAAGACGCACACCGGCGAGAAGCCAUACGAGUGUGAGGAGUGUGGGAAAACCUUCGCCUACAGCUCCUGCCUCAUUCGCCACCGGAAGCGGCACCCCCGGAGGAAACACUGAGCGUGAGGGAGCUGCCCGCACGGCUCCCCCGGCUGCCGCCGCUGCUGGGCACCCUCUGUGGCUGCGGCCCUCUCGCCUGCUCCUGAAGACGUCAGCCUGCAGCCCUUGGCACACUGGGUCCCCGGCCCGUCCCCGUGCGGGCGGCAGGAGGCCUGUGGCCCCGAGCUAGACAGCAGUCUUCUAGGAGCACCAGAACCCCCCGUCCCCCCUCGGCUGGCUGCAGUGACCACCCUUCUCGGGCUGCAGCACCAGCCGUGAACUCGACCCCAUCCCCAGGAACUAGAGGCUCUGUGACCCGUGUCCUCUUGGCCCAGCCACCAUCCCGGAUCAGCGGCCUGACUUACGCAGAUGGACCACGGGCGGCAUGGCUCCUUGGGCCUGAAGGCUGCUGCGUGGGAGCUUCCUUCCACGGCCACUCGCUGGGGCCCCAGCCUGCACCUCCCACACGGGAGGUGCCACAGCCGUGAGCCCUGCCCCUGGGGUUUGGCUCUCUGUGCAGGUUGUGAGAGUAGACUAUGUCCGGAGCAAGACAUUCCCAAUGAAACGCGUGCAAAGAGGAACCUCAAAACUAACAAGGAAGUUCCCGCAUUCCUGAGGUCCUCCAAGAGGAAUGGAGGUCAAGGACAAGAAGGCGGGAAAGCUGGGUCCGGCCUCUCCGGCUGAGGGACAGGUGGGGACACAGGCAUGGAGCGGGCUGUCCCUGCAGGAAGGGACACUCCAGGGACACGCCUGCAGACGUGAGCAGGGCGGCGUUUCACGUGGGGGGCCUUCCUGGGGCUCCCAGAUCUCUCCAGGGUGGGCAGGUUCAUGGCUGUGUUCUCACCCCACCCAGCAGGCACCUCAGCGCAGCGUCAGCUGGGCGUCCUGGGGAACCCUGCAGGCUGAGGACAUCCCCGGCCAAAUGCCGGUCAGGGUCCCACACUUCAGGGAGUCUCCCCCCGUCACAGGAGGGUGCACGGCAGCAGUCCCAGACCCGUCUCGGGGUGGCUCGGCCACACCACUGGCUCCACCACGGUUCAGCAUGGAAGGCACAGCGAUGGCUCCAGGGGGACCUGGUGUCUGGGCACGGGCCACACAGGACCUUGAACGGGACAUGGGGACGCCCGUGAUGACCCGGCGACUUGACACAGAUGGUGCCGCAUGCUGGUAUUCUGUGAUCCUCACCCCCCUGGACCUGAGGGCAGGUGGGGAGCCAGCACGGCCGGGCAGCGGCACGGAGGGCCACGGAGCAGGCGGGGUCUGGUCCUCUCCCUGCGGCAGGGGCUCCUCAGCCACCUGGUCCUUGGUUGUCCUUGUACCAUGGCCCACCACAUUCCAGUGGCAACAGGGUGCCCCCUGGGCUUCACGUCUAGUGACUUCUUGUGUCUGAGCCAAUCUGGGUACUGGGACGCGACCGCUCGGUGCCUCUGCCAGUGAGCAGGGCUCCGACACGGGAGCUGGGACUCGGGGCUAGGCCUGCAGCCUCAGCACCAGGGAGGAAGCUCAUGGCCCUGUGGGCACGUGGACAUGUGCCCUGGAGCAGGACAGAGGGGUAAAGGGGGUGCUGCCAAGGCCCAGGGAAGCAGUGCUGGGACCAGAGAAGGAACAGGCUAGGGGCCAAGGUGGCCUCUGGGUCCCCUUCUUGAGGACCCCUGGGCACCGAGCUCAGAGUCCGUGUCUCCUGAUCCCUCCUCACGUGCUGCAGCCGCCUGUUGUGUGCACUGCAGGCUGGUCCUCCUCGUGGCCGGGGUCCUGCCAGGGCGUCAGGGCUGGCGCCGCUGCCCGACGUCCCCUGCAGACCCCGGAGAUGUGGGUUUCCGAGGCCGGAAGUCACUGUCCCCUCAGGGCGAGCACCCUGAGUGCCUCAGCUUCAGUACACGCCUUAGUCUUGGCACAGGGGUGCCCAGCGUGGGUUACACGCACCGCUCUGAGGUGCCCUGGCACGCCACCUGUGCCCCGGGUCACUGUUCCCUUACCCACGUGGCAUUCUGGUUCUGUUUCUUGAGACUGUGGCUCUUGGUGUGAGCACGCUUGCUCCUGGUGGCUCCAGCACUCUGCAUCGGCCUUCUUCUCACGGCCCCACGGGGGGUGCGUCCAGAGCUGGCAGCUCUGGGUGACUAUAGGCCACAAACACUCUUGCCUGCAGCUGGCGGUCUUGGGCCUGAGGUGGUGUGGACACUUGCUAGUCUGGUAUCUACCACUUAUUUUUAUCUGGAAAUCCAACUCUCCGGCUAGUCAACGCUGCUGAACUUUUACUCAGUGAUCCCUUGGUCCCUUCAGUCCUUACUAAGCAAGUGCGCUCUGCCUGGGCUGGGUGGUCUCUCUGCUUCCCUGGUUUCCUGUGGCCGAAUGUCCCUGUGGUCUCCCUUUCCAGGCAACGCCGCCUGGUUCCUGCGGCGCCCCCACCCUGCCUCCACACGGCACAGCAACCAUGUCCUGCUGCCUGCUGGGAGCUGCUUUCUCCUGUAAUAAACGUCCGUCCUGACCCCUUCA